UAAUCUGUGCUACUAUUCAGAGGCUACUUUGCUGAAAAAAAAGGAGCACAUAUACCAAAGCUGCAAAAAUGGCUUACGUUGGGAAUACAAUAGAUGAUUUCUCAUGGACAUGUCUGAAGGAUUUUGAUUUCACUUCUUUCUGUACUCAAAGGAGCAUCAUAGACACUGCAAAUCUACUUUUUGCAUGUGUCUUCUACGCGUGUUUGAUCAUAAGUCUAAUCAGAACCAGUUCUAUCUGUGGUAAUCCAAGGAAAAGCUGGAUUUUCAUUAUUGUCUCAAUCUGCUGUGCUAUUAUUAGCAUUGCAUUUUACACCAUUGGCUUGUGGAAUCUCAUAGCUAAAACUGGAAACUCUAAGAAGCUGAGCUGGUUAGGUUUUGUCAGAGGAUUCAUUUGGUCUUCUUUGACAGUUUCAUUGCUUGUUCAGAGACACAAAUGGAUCAAAAUUCUGAACUGUGUCUGGUGGACAUGUUCCUGUGUAUUGGUUUCAGCUCUCAACAUUGAAAUUUUGUUCAGAGAACAUGCAAUAGAAAUUUUUGAUAUUGCACAAUGGCUCGUACACUUUCUUCUUCUCUUCUGUGCCUUCCAAAAUCUUGGUUACUUAGUCUCUCGAAGUGUACCAGAAAGUUUAUCUGAGCCACUCUUAGCUGAGGAAAAUGAUACUAAACAAACGGGACUAGGCCAUGCUUCCUUUCUCAGCAAGUUGACUUUCUCUUGGAUUAACCCUUUACUAAGUUUGGGUUACUCAAAGCCAUUAGCUCUUGAAGACAUUCCUUCCCUUCUUUCUGAAGAUGAAGCUGACUUGGCCUACCAAAACUUUAUGCAUGCAUGGGAAUCACUUGCGAGGGAGAGGAGCAAGCACAAUACCAAAAACUUGGUUCUUUGGUCUAUUGUUAGAACUCACUUAAAAGAGAACAUAUUAAUAGGUUUUUACGCAUUACUCAGGACCAUUGCCGUUAGCCUUUCUCCUUUAAUAAUCUAUGCUUUUGUGAAAUACUCAAAUGGGAAGGAUAAAGAUCUUAAAGAAGGUCUUUUCAUAGUGGGUUUUGUUAUUGUGUCCAAAGUGGUUGAUUCUGUGUUCCAGAGACAUUGGUUUUUUGAUUCCAGGAGGUCAGGAUUGAAGAUGAGAUCAGCUCUGAUGGUGGCAGUGUACAGAAAACAGCUAAAGCUUUCAAGCUCAGCGAGGAGAAGGCACUCAACAGGUGAAAUUGUGAAUUACAUUGUGGUUGAUGCGUAUCGCAUGGGAGAAUUUCCAUGGUGGUUUCAUAUGACAUGGACUUCUACAUUGCUACUUGUUCUAUCUAUUGGUGUCCUUUUUGGUGUUGUAGGUGUUGGUGCUCUUCCUGGUUUAGUUCCUCUUGUCAUAUGUGGACUUAUGAAUGUACCAUUUGCCAAGAUCCUACAAAAUUGUAUAGCGAAGUUCAUGAUUUCACAGGAUGAUCGUCUUAGAUCAACUACAGAAAUUCUAAACAGCAUGAAAAUCAUUAAGUUACAAUCCUGGGAGGAAAAAUUCAAGAAUUUGGUUGAAAAUCUACGGGCUGAAGAGUUCAUUUGGCUGUCUAAGGCUCAGAUGAUGAAAGCCUAUGGGUCAUUUCUAUAUUGGAUGUCUCCUACCAUAGUUUCUGCUGUUGUUUUCCUUGGUUGUGCUCUUUUCAAAAGUGCCCCGUUGAAUGCUGCUACCAUUUUCACAGUUUUUGCAACAUUGAGGAACUUAUCAGAACCUGUUAAAAUGAUCCCAGAGGCUCUCUCUAAUAUCAUCCAAGUUAAGGUCUCCUUUGAUCGUCUCAAUGCCAUUUUGCUUGAUGAAGAGCUAGAUAGUAGUGAUGGUAACACAAGAAAUAUAAGCCGAAGUUCAGUUAAUGCGGUGGAAAUACAAGAUGGCAACUUCACUUGGGAUCAUGAAUCACUGUCCCUAAUUUUAAGAGAUGUGAACUUGGAAAUAAAAUGGGGACAGAAAAUUGCAGUCUGUGGACCAGUUGGAGCUGGAAAAUCAUCUCUUUUGUAUGCAAUUCUGGGAGAGAUUCCGAGGAUCUCAGGAACUGUUAAUGUGAACGGCACCAUAGCCUAUGUUUCUCAAACUUCUUGGAUACAAAGUGGAACAGUUCAAGAUAAUAUACUCUUCGGCAAGCCAAUGGAUAAAACAAGAUACGAGAAUGCCAUCAAAGUUUGUGCUUUAGAUAAGGAUAUUAAUGAUUUUAGCCAUGGUGAUCUCACAGAAAUAGGUCAGAGAGGGAUUAACAUGAGUGGAGGACAAAAGCAAAGGAUUCAACUAGCUCGUGCAGUCUACAAUGAUGCUGACAUCUUUCUCCUCGAUGACCCUUUCAGCGCAGUUGAUGCUCAUACUGCUGCUAUUCUGUUCAAUGACUGUGUAAUGACAGCACUUAGAGACAAAACAGUCAUUCUCGUUACUCAUCAAGUUGAGUUUCUCUCAGAAGUUGAUACAAUCCUGGUAAUGGAAGGUGGAAAAGUUACCCAAUCAGGUAAUUAUGAGAAUCUCUUGACAGCUGGGACAGCCUUUGAACAACUUGUGAGUGCUCAUAAAGAAACAAUUUCAGAGUUGGAUCAAAAUAAUGAAAACAAAACUCAUACAGAAGAGUCUCAAGGUUUUUAUCUCACUGAAACCCAAAGUGAGGGGGAGAUUUCUACCGAGGGUCAACUUGGGGUACAACUUACACAAGAAGAAGAAAAAGAAAUUGGUGAUGUUGGAUGGAAGACAUUCUGGGAUUAUAUUUCAUUUUCUAGGGGUGCAUUGAUGCUGUGUUGGAUCAUAUUAGCACAAUCUGUUUUUAUUGUUUUGCAGACUGGAUCAAUGUUUUGGCUUGCUCUAGCCAUUGAAGUUCCAAAAUUAUCUAGUGCUACCUUGAUUGGAGUUUACUCAUUAAUUUCAUUUGGUGGUACUGCAUUUGCAUUACUAAGGUCUAUCUUUGGUGCAAAACUCGGAUUAAAAGCUUCUACAACCUUCUUCACAAGUUUCACUACUGCUAUCUUCAAUGCUCCUAUGUUGUUCUUUGACUCAACCCCUGUUGGAAGGAUUUUAACCCGAGCUUCAUCAGAUUUAAGUAUUUUGGACUUUGAUAUACCUCUUGCCAUCACUUUUGCAGCAUCUAUUCCACUUGAAAUUGUGCUAGUAAUUUGUAUAAUGGCUGCCAUGACAUGGCAAGUUCUCAUUGUUGCUGUUCCAGCAAUGGUUGCAUCAAAAUAUUUUCAGGGAUAUUAUCAAGUCUCAGCAAGGGAAUUAAUAAGGAUCAGUGGAACCACAAAAGCUCCCGUCAUGAAUUUUGCAUCCGAGACGUCACUUGGUGUGGUUACUGUAAGAGCAUUUAACAUGGCAGACAGAUUUUUCAAAAAUUACUUAAAGCUUGUGGACACAGACGCAACACUGUUCUUGCAUUCUAAUGUGGCCAUGGAAUGGUUAGUUUUAAGGAUUGAAGCACUUCAAAAUUUGACAGUCAUCACUGCAACUUUGCUACUUGUUCUAGUUCCUCAGGGAUACGUGUCCUCAGGCCUUGCAGCACUGUCGCUCUCUUAUGCUUUCUCCUUGACAGGAGCACAAGUAUUUUGGACUCGAUGGUAUUGCAACUUAUUGAACUAUCUUAUCUCUGUUGAAAGAAUCAAGCAAUUCAUCAACAUACCGGCAGAGCCUCCUGCCAUUGUGGAAGACAACCGGCCUCCCUCUUCAUGGCCUUCCAAAGGCAGGAUUGACCUUCAAGCCUUAGAGAUUAGAUAUCGUCCUAAUGCUCCGUUAGUGCUUAAGGGUAUCACUUGUACGUUUAAGGAAGGGAGUAGAGUGGGAGUUGUAGGAAGAACUGGAAGUGGAAAAAGUACACUUAUAAGUGCUUUGUUUCGCUUGGUUGAGCCUGCAAGUGGUGAUAUUGUUAUAGAUGGGAUUAACAUAUGCUCAAUGGGGUUGAAGGAUUUGAGAAUGAAACUAAGCAUCAUCCCUCAAGAACCAACUCUUUUCAAGGGCAGCAUUAGAACCAACUUGGAUCCCCUAGGCUUGUACUCAGAUGAUGAUAUAUGGAAGGCUUUAGAGAAAUGUCAGCUUAAGGAAAUAAUCAGCAGUCUACCACAUCUCUUGGACUCUUCUGUAAGUGAUGAAGGAGGGAAUUGGAGCUUGGGACAGCGCCAACUGUUUUGCCUUGGAAGAGUAUUACUUAAGAGGAACAGAAUUCUUGUUCUGGAUGAAGCUACUGCUUCCAUUGACUCUGCCACGGAUGUAAUUCUACAACGAAUAAUUAGACAGGAAUUUGCGGAAUGCACAGUGAUAACCGUGGCUCACAGGGUUCCAACUGUAAUAGAUAGUGACAUGGUCAUGGUCCUGUCCUAUGGGAAACUGGUGGAAUAUGAUGAACCUUCAAAGCUAAUGGAGACCAACUCUUCAUUCUCUAAGCUGGUUGCUGAAUAUUGGUCCAGCUGCAGGAAGACUACUCAAAUACCAGACAGCAACAUUGAAUAAUAACACUUUGAAAAAGGGAGAUAUAAUAAUUUGAAGGAAAACUGAACAAGUUGAAAUUUAAAAGGGUGUGGAUACUCAUUAAGUCGGCCUUCCGCAUUGUAUCUUUAUUUUAUUCAUUAGGAUAAUUGUAAGUUAUUGUUGGGAUACAAACAAGUCCCACAUCGAUAAAAUAAGAGAAAAAAUAACAAUUUAUAAAGUACACACAUUAUCUAAUGCCAGAGAGGCCUUUUAGGUGAUGACUAAAAGCAAAAUUGUGAGGAUAUAGGCACAAAACGGACAAUAUCUCAUUAUUGUGAAGUUGUGUCUGACAAAUACAAUAUGUUUUAUUUUAGGUGAUAACUAAAAGCAAAAUUGUGAGGAUUUAGGCACAAAACGGACAAUAUCUCAUUAUUGUGAAGUUGUGUCUGACAAAUACAAUAUGUUUUAUUUUAUCAAUUAGGAUAAUUGUUAGGAAUAUCUUUGUAGCCUUUUUAAAGGGCAAACCUGAUUGAAAUUGUUAUGAAUGGAAAAUAUCUUUCAGAAAAAUUUGGGUUAA